CUGCGACGCCAUCUUGCAAACACGCCGCUCCAGGCAACGGAGAGAGAGAGAGAGGCCUCCUCCCGGAAGGGGCUGCUGCUGCUGGGCUGGGCCUCGGGAGGCGCGCACGGAGGAGAGCAAGGGAAGAAUGACUGAAUCUUGGGUCAGUGAGCACCAGGUUCUGCAGUUCUACCCUUUAUAUUAUAACUUGAUGUUCAGUGCAUGCUGAUGCGUAUUUACUUAGAGCAAUUAGCCAGCAAUCUCUUGCUGAAAGAUAAAAGAGCCUACGUACAGAGAUUCCCCCUGAAUUACUACCAACGUAUGAGCAUUAUUAACAUUUUCGAAGACCUUCUGUUGAGUACUAUUGGAGGACCUCUGCUUGGCAUCUCUUGUUUGUGAACACUAUUUGAGAGAGACGAGUUCUUGAAGUUUCAGAGUAAAGCUGUGCCUAUUCAGCACAUACAGGACACAGUGAUGGCUGUACCCCGAAAUUUAAUACAAAAGGUGACUUACGGCAAAAUGGUUUCACUGUGGAGACUUCAAGUAAAAAUAACUUCCAGUUUAGGCCAUAUGUGGUGCAGAAAUAUAGCUUCAGAUUUUUCUGCCAGCACUUCCACUCCAAACACAGUGGAGGUGCUUGGCAAAUCCUAUGUUCUGGAUGACUUCAGUAAUGUGACGAAGAAGAUACUUUCCAAGGUGGGAAAAAACCUGCACAACCAAAGACAUCACCCUUUGUGGUUGAUCAAAGAGCGUGUGAAAGACCAUUUCUACAAGCAAUAUAUUGGACGUUUUGGAACACCACUCUUUUCAGUAUAUGAUAAUUUUUCUCCAGUGGUUACAGUAGAACAGAACUUUGAUAGGCUGCUCAUUCCUGAAGAACACUCAAGUCGACUUAAAGGAGAUAACUACUACUUGAAUCAUUUUUACAUGCUAAGAUCUCACACUUCUGCUCAUCAGUGGGACUUGAUGCACUCUGGACUUGAUGCCUUUCUGGUUGUGGGAGAUGUUUAUCGUUGUGAUCAGAUUAAUAACACCCACUAUCCAGUCUUCCAUCAGAUGGAAGGAGUCCGACUCUUCUCAAACCAUGAGCUGUUCGACAAUGUCAGGGGUGGAGAAGGUUUUUGCUUGUUUGAACAAGGCCACCGUACAGCACAGAAGCAAGAGAUGCACACCAUGGAGGCAGUAAAGCUUGUGGAAUAUAGUUUGAAAACAACACUGAUAAAACUUGUGUCUCAUCUCUUUGGUGAUGGGAUUCAGGUUAGAUGGGUGGACUGCUAUUUUCCAUUUACACACCCUUCUUUUGAGAUGGAGAUCAACUUCCAAGGUGAAUGGCUGGAGGUCUUAGGUUGUGGAGUUAUGGAGCAACAGCUGGUUAAUUCAGCUGGUGCCGAGAACAAAAUUGGCUGGGCAUUUGGUCUGGGAUUGGAGAGGCUGGCCAUGAUCUUGUAUGGCAUCCCUGACAUCCGCCUUUUCUGGAGCAAAGAUGAGCGUUUCCUGAAUCAGUUCCAAGUGCCUCGCAUUGAUGAAAAGAUAGAAUUCCAGCCUUUCAGCAAAUAUCCUCCUGUUAUCAACGAUAUCUCUUUUUGGAUACCCUCUGAAAAAUACUGUGAAAAUGACUUCUAUGAGAUUGUCCGAACAAUUGGAGGAGACUUGGUGGAAAAAGUUGACCUUAUAGAUGUAUACGUACAUCCAAAGACAAAAAGGGUCAGCCAUUGUUACCAGAUCACUUACCGACACUUGGAAAGGACCUUGACUCAGAAGGAAGUGAGCAGCAUCCAUCAAACCAUUGAGGAGUCAGUUGUAAGAGAACUAGGAGUGGAGGGAAGAUUCUGACCUUGCAGCUUUCAGUUCUCCAGUUUUCUUUUUCUUUCUUAAAUAUUUUUUUACUGUUAAAAACUAUUUUCAUUGUGUGGAAGCCUUUGGCAGUGAUGUACCUUCUCCAUAAUAAAGAUGAAUAACAUAGCUCCUAUGAAGAUCAAUAAAUCUCUUGUCGGAUAUGUUGUAUGUUAUUAAUCAGUUCUUGAUUAAACUGAAAACAAUG